UUUGUAUGUUAUUUCUAGCUGCUGUCUGUUGAUUUCCUUAUUAAAUCUCACCGUUUUUGCCUGCUCUUUCCUCUUCCAGAUAACUUUACACGCUACUCCACAGAUACCCAUAGCAGACAAGGUGCCUUCUAGGUAGACGCAAACCAGCCAAAGACUGGAGUCACAGCGCUAAUUAGUGUAUUUUUUAACGGGCUUUAGUGGACUCUGUAAUGAUCUUAACAUCUGCACACGUUAUCAGCGAAUUCGAACUCAGGCUGGGUUAAAACCCAUAUCGUUGAAACUGUAAUCUAAGGAUAUCCUCAGAACCAUGCCGAAGUGACCUUGAGAGCAUUUAUCUGUCUACAGAAUCAAAAGAUGGUUAUAAAUUAAUCAUGGAAGUAUUGUUGUGUUUUCGCUGAUGGACCCAUAAUCAAUUUAAUUAGAGGCUUCAGUCAAUACAGAUUUGAAUUCUGCAGAAAUUUCCUAAUUAUAUAUGUCAGUGUUCUUAGUGAUCUGAAAUCUCUCGUCCUUAAAUUUAAUUUCACUCUCAAUGAAGGCAGGAAAGAAAAGGAAAGUCGGUUACCAUGGCGAGUCUAUUUUGUCCUAUUUUAUCCGAGACGAAAAAUGCAAGGCACCUGGACAAAAUCUGAAUGCAUGUAAUGUGCCUACAUCCGUUCCAGUAUCUAGAAGUAAUUCACUCGAAAAAAAUUCCAGGAAAUGCCCUUUUUAUAAGUGGAUCCCAAAUACAUCAAUUACGGUUGAUGCUUUCUGUUACUCUGACAUUCCGGGAUGUACCUGUUACUUCCUUUCCCAUUUCCAUUAUGAUCAUUACAGAGGCAUCCACAAGAAUUUUAAAGGGGUUAUUUGUUGCAGUGAGGUAACAAAGAAUCUUUUAAGAGAUACAUAUGGCUUGGGUUUGGUCAUUAACGUGCUUGAGAUAGGAAAGUGUACAAAGAUUGAUAAUGUGGAAGUAACAGCUUUAGAUGCUAAUCACUGCCCUGGGUCUUUAAUGUUCCUUUUCUAUGUUCCAUCAAAUCAGAGAACAUAUUUGCAUACUGGUGAUUUUCGUUAUACACCAGAUAUGUUGACUUAUCCAAGUAUAUUAACAAAUUAUUUGUCGGAAAACAAUGCUACAGAAAAGUUAUCUAGAAUACAUUCAAUAUUUUUGGAUACAACAUAUUGUUCAUCUCAAUAUGAUUUUCCUACUCAAGUAGAUGUUAUUCAUGGAGCACUGGAAGUUACACGUAGUUAUCUAAUAAAUGAACCGACCACUUUGGUUAUUUGUGGUAUGUACUCAAUCGGCAAGGAACGAUUUGUCCUUGGUCUUGCUUCUAAAUUAAAUUUAAAAGUUUGGUUACCAAACAAUCAAAAUCGUUUAGUCAAGCUAGCUGCACAAGGUGGUUGUACUAUAUGCAAACAACUGCUUCAGUAUGUUAUUGACACUCCUCAUAAAGCUCAACUUCAUGUUUUACCUAUGCAACAAUUAAAUGCAACAGGUCUUGUUCAGUAUCGUAAGAAAUUGGACAAUCGUUUAGCGCAUGGUUCCUUUCACAGCUCAUCAAACUUUUCUAAGAAGUUUCAAUCUAUUCUAGCCUGGCGUCCUACUGGUUGGUCACAUCAUCAAUCAAAUACUAACAAUCAAACAUCAACAAAACCUCUAUUGAACGGCAUUGUCCUGGAACAGAAAAAGGAAGAUAUUCACAUAUAUGGAUUAAUCAUUGUUGAAUAUACUUUGUAUAUGUGCACCAUAUAGUGAACAUAGCAGUUUUCUCGAGUUAAAGCAAUUCAUUACACGUCUUCGUCCUGUUCAAGUUCAGCCUACCGUUUUUGGUAAAUCGAUCACUGUGAUGAAAGAUACCGUAAAUAGUUGGUUGAAAUGAAAAAGAAAUUUUGCUGUCAUGGUAAAGACUAUACGUUUAACUUAGGUGAAUUAUUUGUACAGAAAUGUCUUUUUUAUUCUGGUAAAUAAAAUAUUCAUUUAUAA